CAUAAAAUAGAAUAAAUAUUAUUUCAUUUAGACAAAAGAAAGGCCCGAAAUGGCACUUCCGUGUCGAACUUGCGGGGAGCAUGCAGUAAAUCCAAGGAAACUCUUUGACGAGAAUGGAACCGACAUAUUGAACAACCUCCUCAAACUGACUGGCAUCUGGCUUACUAACAGGACAGGAUUUCCAUCACAUAUAUGCGCCUCCUGCCUGCAACAUUCAAAUGAUGCCAUGGCAUUCAGAGAAUUGUGUAUAAGGACCAACAAACUUUGGUACAUAUCUGCAGAUUCCAAACCAGCUGACCAACCACUGAACCUGGACCCCCUAAUGGAAUAUGAUGAGGCGGCGAUACCUGAGGAAAACAACGAAUAUGCCAAAGUGCAAAUCGAAACUGUGUGGAAAGAAAGAAAUAAUUCAAGUCCUUUAAGCCAUCUUACUUCGUCGCAACAUCACAGGGAACCAUAUACUCGCAGAAAAGAAUCGAAGGAACAGUCUGAGAAAAUAGAUAACAAUGGAGAGUUUCAAGAUGAGCUUUUGGAUUUCGACCCCCUUUUAAAUGAGGAUGCUGGGGUUGUCCCUAAGGAGGAAAAUCCUGAUGAAGUCAAAGAUAAAGGCAGUUCUUUGUCAAGCCGCAAGUCACGAUUAGAUUCGAGCUCUGCUCCUAAGAAGGGAUUACUGCGUGGUUCCAGAAAAUCAAAUAUUGAUCCACUGGCAAAGAAACACCGGUAUCGAUCCAUUCGGGGUUUUUACUGCGACCAAUGCGGAAAAUGCUUCAAGGAUAAAAGCAAUCUUAACGUACAUUUGAAGCGGCACACAGGCGUCAAGCAGUUUGAAUGCGAGGAAUGUGGUCGCAAAGAGUUUACUAUGCACCUAUUGAGCCUUCACAUGAGGAUAAAACAUAAUGGGGAGCUGCCAUACUCAUGCAAGCAUUGUGGACAAGGCUUUGACAACUGCACAAAACGAUUAAGGCAUGAAAGGACAACACACAAUGAGUGCCCAGAUACUCGAGCUCACGUUUGUCAUGUUUGUAGAAAAGCCUUCAAACGAAAGUUAUCCUUGAAGCGUCAUGAGCUCGUACACACGGGUGAACAACCAUUCCAUUGCGAGACUUGCCACGUAUCUUUUAACCGCAAAUCUAGCUUACGAACCCACAACCGAUCGAUGCUGCACAUUAAGAAAGUUGAACAGGAAUCUCAGAUAAAUGAAAUUAUGGACGAGGGUACAUAACGCGACAGGUUUUACCCUGGAUGGUCAUGCUUGUUAGAUGAAAAUCUAAAAGUAGUCAGUUCAAUUAAGCAUUUCCAUCUUGGGGGAAGAUAAAUUACCCUCUUUAAUGGGUUAGUUUUAAAUUUGUGAACAUUCGCGCAUUAAAAGAACACUGCAGAAAAAGCAAAAUCUGAGACCAAAGCAAUCAAUCGAAGCUGUGAUGUAAAAAUAUUGGAAAACGUUCGCACGUUAAACCGAACUGCAGUCGUUUCCCUAAGUA